UGGGGGCAGAGGGGUAGGAAGCCCUGACAUGUGGCACUGUUCCUGGGGGAUUUGGUCUUGGCAUUACCGCAAGCUGCUGGGAUUUGCAUGCUCACGGAGAUCUUGUUUCUCUGACAGAGAGUUGGGGGGGGGGGUCAGCGCCUUGGGGAAGAUGUCGCUGGGAACCCCCUGGAGUAACCUCACAGCCACGCAGAAGGCAAUGGUGGUGAUCGGGGUAACUGCUGGUGCAGUGGCUAUGUACAUCUUGUACAGGAGAUACAGGGAGAUGCAAGACGAACACUGUGUGCUGGUGGGUGACAAUCGGAUUGCCAUGGACAUGAAAGUUCCUCGCGACGCCGUCAAAGUCAUAAUUGGACGCCAAGGCUCCACGAUUAAACAGCUUCGGAAGGACACGGGAGCCCGUAUCGAGGUGGAGGACGGUGAGGAGCUGGGGGGAGGAGGAGGAGGAGGAGGUUCCGAGUUCCCGGCUGAGAGGCUGCUCACCAUCGUCGGCUCACCCGUGCAAGUGUGCCAGGCCAAGGUGGCCAUCCAUCAGCUGCUAGCCGAUAGCGCCAAGGUCAGCGAGGAGCUGUGGGUCCCUCACCGCGCCAUGGGCCGCAUCAUAGGUAACUCCCGCCCUCCUGGUCUUGCCUGUCGGCCGGUCUCCCUGACCCCAGCUCGCUUUCUCCCUCAGGCCCUGGUCAUGGCCAAGGUGGGUGAGGAGGAGGCCUUCCGCCAGAAGCUGGCCUCCUCGGCGGCCAGGAGGAGGCAGCGUAAACACCCCAUUGGCUGGCGGCUGGAGCAGGCGCAUGGAGAGGAGAGCAGCGGCUCACCGGCGAGCGAUGGAGAGUGGGCAGCAGAUACCGGAGAGAGCGAGAUGGGCCCCGCUUUCAUCGGGCAGCCUCCGCACGAGCAAGAAGCCCCUGAGAAAGACAGCCUGGGGCAAAACAACACGGGCCCAAUCUCCAAAUUCGAGGGAUUCGAACUCGGAUCCCCAGAACAUUUUCCGGGUCUCUGGAUUAACAGCCCAGCAAUAAUACCACUUAGACCAUCGCCUCCCAACAUGGGUCUUCACUGCCAAUGCAGUAGACGGGCCGAAAGGCCUGUUUCUGUCCUGCCCUGCCAAUGCGAUGAUGUAAGAGGGAGGCAUUUGGCCUGUUGCCCCAGUGUUGUUGCGUCAAUCGAGCUGUCCUGGUCUGAACUGCUCCGCCUAGCUCUCUCUCUCGCCAGAAUCCUGCACAGUUUCCCUCCCUCUUCCCCCUGGAGUCCCUCUCUGCUGCAUUCCGUGUUUCAAAUGCUGAUUUCCUUUACCCCCCCCCAACUUUUCUCUUUUGUAACAUUCCCCAGCCCCGAUUUUGGCUUCCCGGCCGAUGAGCACCUGGAGGUGUAUGUCUCCGCUUCGGAGAACCCGAGUCACUUCUGGAUCCAGAUCCUGGGCUCCCGGUGCCUCCAGCUCGAUAACCUCACCUACGAGAUGUCUCGGUAUUACAGCAGCCUUCCCGGGACGGAGGAGUUUUCCCCGAAGCCUGGUGACAUUGUGGCAGCCCCGUUCGCAGGCGACAGCUCCUGGUACCGGGCGCGGGUGCUGGGCUUCCUGGCGAGCGGUAAUGCCGACCUCUACUACGUGGACUACGGGGACAACGGCGAGAUUCCCAUUGGGAAGCUGCAGCUCCUCAGGAGUGAUUUCUUGAGCCUCCCAUUCCAGGCUGUGGAAUGUUGCCUUGAUGGAAUUCAGCCCGUUCGGAGCGAGUGGACCAACGAGGCGAUGAACUGCUUCGACGCGCUGACCUCCUGUGCCAGCUGGAAGAUCCUCCUCGCCAGGAUCUGCAGCUAUUCGCAGAGCGGGGGCGUCACGCGGCCUCAGGUGAAGCUCUUCGAUCGCACCGGGGACGAGAACCUGGACGUCGGGGAGGAGCUGAUUCGACUGGGACAUGCCACCCGGUGCCCUCGAGCUGCCGGAACCGCGGCCGGGAGCGGGCCUGCCACCGUCUCCCUCCAGACACUUCUGGUGAGAGAUGAAUCUCCUGGAGGAUGGAUAUCGGCAGCUGCUGGGAAUUACUGGAGUGCGCGGUUCAGAGCGGGGCGACAUUGGGAGGCUCAUUCUUGUGUUUGUUUGAAAAGCCUUAAACCAAAGUGGUUUCUGCAGGAGGAAUGUCGAGGCUGGUCACUCGGGAAGAAAAAGAGACCUCAGCUGGUGGUAAAGGAUCCAGGAAGAAAGCCUAGCAAUAACAGCUUGAGUGACCGAGUUGCUGGGAAAGCUCGGGUCCGGCAGCAUCCGCGGAGAGAAAUCAGCGAGAGCAGCCUCUGCCAGGGGCAGUUUCCAAUCAGGCGGAAGCCGCGGGCAGCCCCAGGGCGCCGGGGUCCUCCCGCGCUGCCGGUCGCGGCGUUGCCCCGGAGACGGAAAAGGCGGGGCCAUUAG